GUUGCCUACAUGGGGGAGGUGAGCCUGUCUAAAGCAAGGCCAGGAGAGGUGGCAGGUUACAUGGCUACAGCUCCGGGCUUACUGAAAGUGUGCCAGACCUUUUUGGCCUGUAUUAUCUUCAUCCUGAUCAGCAGCCCAGUGACAUACAACCAUCAUCCAGCACUGAAGUGGUGCAUGGCAGUGUACUGCAUCUGCUUCAUCCUCUCCAUGGCUGUGGUGGUGCUGUGUGUGGGAGAGUGGACCGGCUGUCUCCCCAUCCCAUUCUCCAAGUUCCUUUCGGCAUACGGGCUCCUGGCAGUUAUCAUGUAUUUGACUGCCACCAUCCUCUGGCCUGUGUUCCAGUUUAACAAGAGUUACAGGAGAAACGAUAACUCAGAAACAAUCGCUGCAUCUGUAAUCACUGCCAUCAAUUUCCUGCUUUAUGUUGCUGACCUAGUGUACAGUGCCAGAUUAGUGUUUGUCAGUGGCUGAGAAGAAGAGAGUAAACAAUAGCUUUGCAGAGCAGUAGAGCUAAUGCUGAGCUCCCCCCCCCUUUUUUUAAACCCUGAAUUUAAAAAAAAAUAUUGAAGUCCUACAAA